GCCCGGUGCCUCUCUCACAUGCAUGGCCACUCACGCUUGAGGUAAAAGCAAUGGAGCUGUACGAGUUUCCGAACGAGAUGCCAAUCGCAACCCGCUGGGCGGGGUCUGCCUGGGCGCUCAUGUUGGCUGUGUGUGUGUGUUUGUGUGUGUGGUAGCGGCCGAGGGCUCGUUGUCCAGGAAGUCCGGCGAUUGGGGAGGGGCUUGGACGACGGGUCGAUGUGCAGAACUCUGGUGUCUGGAGUUUGCCGUGUUGACUGUCGAGUUCCGUCUGGGCCAGGGCUCGAAAUGCGGUCUUCGAAUUUUUGACUAGCGCCCGGCCACCCAACCCAAUCGAUAGUUCUAUCCCGCCGUCUCCAAAAGUUCACGUUCGGUGACGUCCUGGCCCGCAACACCAACGCCCGAAUCGCACAUUGUCAUGGCCACAACGCUGCAUGUCGUCCUGCCCGGCGAUGUGAUACCGCAGCAUGCGCUGCCCACGGGCACCGGCAAGAAGAAGACGCUCACACUAGGCCCCGGUCUGCGACACAUCCCACCAAACACCGUCACCGCGACAGUGGCCGGCACGCUCGUGACCGACAACAGAAAGAACGCCGCAUUGGUCGAGUACAACAGUGGGCGGUACACGCCCUUCAGCGGCGACCUCGUCAUAGCCACCGUCAACGGCAGCGCCGCCGAGAACUUCAACUGCCUGCUGACCCCCGAAACGCCCCCCGCCGCACUCCCGCACCUCGCCUUUGAAGGGGCCACCAAAAAGACUCGCCCCCAGCUGCCUCCCAACUCGCUCGUCUACUGCCGCGUCGCGACCGCCGGCCGCGACCAGCCGCCAGAACUGACCUGCGUAGACCCGUCGACGGGCAAGGGCGAGGGCCUGGGCCCGCUAAAGGGCGGCAUGGAGUUCAGCAUCAGCCUGGGCAUGGCCCGCAGACUGCUUGCGCCCAAGAGCGACCUGCCGCUGCUGCAGGUGCUGGGCGCCAAGCUUGGGUUUGAAAUCACCGUCGGGAGGAACGGUCUUGUGCACGUGGACGGGGGGAAUGUGCGGACUACGCUGGCCGUGGGGCGGGGGAUCCAGGACGUGGACCAGAAGGCCCUGGGGGAGACCGUCCAGCGGAAGCUUGCUGCUGAUAUUCUGAAGAGUCUUUGAUGGCUUUGGACACAACUUGGAGGUCAUCAUCACGCUUAGGGCAGCUACGGGUAUCCGGCUUGCAAUGUCACCUCCGUGUCCAUUGAUCAUUACUCAUCUACUGGACUAGUCUGA